UUAAUAUUGUGGUUACCAAAACUGGAUGUAGGAUUCCAAGUGUGUGGUCUUACCAAGGUUUUAUAAAGCUGUAGUAGAACUUCAUGCAAUCUUGAGACUCUUAAGGCAAACCUAGGAUUGUGUUGACUUUUUUGACUGCUGGGGCGUCAAACUCCAAAUGUGAUACGGUGGAUGCUUCAUGGUGGCUUGUUUUAAUGUCCAGAUUUUUUGUUUGCACCUCUGUUGAUGUUGACAAUCGCGAUAUUUCCAAAAGCCAGAAAUUGUUGGCGAGGCAAAGGAAGCAAAGAGGGAGGGAGAUUUCAACUCAACUCAAUGUCAUCAAGCCAGGAUCUCUCUCUCUUAUCUCUCUCUCUCUUAUCUCUCUCUCUUCAGCCUGGGUAACAAUGCCCCGGGCAUCCUAUUUGCUGCACUCCAGCCUAUCAGCAUCCUUCUUGCUGGUCCUUAAUGAUGUCAUAAAAAGGGAUCUGAGAAAUUAUGCGUGGAUUUUUUUUUCUCCUGCUAGCCCUCCAAAUGAUAGCUUAACCUGGAAGGCCAGGAAAAUCCAAAGGCUGGAAGAUCAAAAGGAGACAAGACGGCAGAAGGGUAAAAUCAGACUCAAAAGAAAAAGAGACCACCUGGAGAAGGGCCGCAGAGCAGCAAAACAACCCAAAACAGUCACAGUGGAGGGAAAGACCUCAAGGUGGGGUACCAAGCAGGAGUAGACUAUGUCUGACGAUCAAUGUGAUACGGAUAGCUUUGAAGAUCUAGAACCAGAACCAUCCUAUAGAAGAGGACGGAGGAAGCCAAAAACGUCCCGGUCUUGUCGGGCAGGGUUGAUAUUCCCAGUCAGCCGGAUCGACCGAUUCCUUCGGAAAGGCGAUUACGCCGAGCGCAUCGGCUCAGGAGCCUCCGUCUACAUGGCCGCCGUGCUUCAGUACCUGACGUACGACCUGGUGGACAUUGCCGGAAACAUCGCGAUGGGGGCCUGCCGGCGUCGAAUCGCUCCCGGCCAUUUGCACCAAGCGGUCAGAGACGAUUCCGAACUCCAGUCUCUGUUUGGAGGGGUUCUGACUCAGGAGACGGCCUGUCCGAAGAAAUCGCCCGCUACCUCUUCCAGAAAGAGGAAGAAGUCCAGCAAGGGUCUACGAGCUCCGAACGCCAUUGUUGCGUAAACAAAGGUGGUGCCAUUUAUCCAGACAUGGGGUGAAAUCUUUUUAAUAUCCAACAGAGUGCAGAAAUAAACGCGGCUCUGAAGAUGGGCUCGUGGUG